AUGAGACAAUUGGGUUAUAACCGGCCUACCUUGUCAUGCGGUCGUGGGUCGAGGAAGUCUCGUGGAAGGCCUCAGCGCUUGUGCGUGUCUUCUGAGCAGGUCGGAGAAAUGAAGUGGCGCAACAUCAUUUUAUGCAAAAGUCCGAUCUGGACGCAAGUGGCAGUGAACACGUCUGCCAGUCGAGAGGCCGUCGAAUGCGAUCGAGGCGCUUUCUCUCCUGCCAGUCGCGAUUGGGGUCGAUCGACAGACACUGGUUAG